UGCUCUUUAAAGCCAGUGGAAAAGCCUUUACACGUUGAUUACUAAGGGGACUUGUGAAAAUGGCCACAUUAUUAAAACUGUUCCCAACUUGCACCCGGGCAGGUCGACUGGCUCACCUAAGCAGAAAAGACUGGGCCCAAAGUAGAAGAGGGACACUUCUGCCGUGUUUUCCUGCUAGCCAGAGAUGUGCAUCUACAACCAGCUAUUUGACUGUAGAGAUGGAUGACAACACAGGUGUUGCUGUUGUAACAAUGAAAAGUCCUCCUGUGAACAGCCUCAGUCUAGACUUUUUGACUGAGUUUUCUAUCAGCAUUGAGAAGCUUGAAAUGGAUCGGAAAUGCAGAGGAGUUAUCUUGACUUCUGGUCUUCCAAAAGUAUUUUCGGCAGGUUUGGACAUAAUGGAGAUGUAUGGAAAGAGCCCAGAACAUUGUGCAGAGUUUUGGAGAGCUGUGCAGGAGAUGUGGUUAAAACUAUAUGGAUCCAAUAUGAUUACCAUUGCUGCAGUUAAUGGUUCAAGUCCUGCAGGGGGUUGUCUAAUGGCCAUGGCUUGUGACUACCGAAUAAUGGCAGAUAAUCCUAAAUACAGUAUUGGACUGAACGAAACUCUGCUUGGCAUUGUUGCUCCUUUCUGGUUCAAGGAUACCAUGAUGAAUACAAUUGGUUUCAGAGCUACAGAACUUGCCCUCCAGUUGGGCCUCUUGCACAAUGCUCCUAACGCCUUACGAAUAGGCCUGGUUGAUGAACUUGCACCUGAAAAGGAAGUCUUAAGUGCGGCUUCCACUGCUAUUUCUAAGUGGCUGGCAAUUCCAGAUCAUGCUCGCCAGAUUACUAAGUCUAUGAUGAGAAAGCCUACCAUUGACCGUCUGCUGUCUCAUAGGGAUCAGGAUAUUAACAACUUUGUAAGCUUCAUUACCAAAGACUCUAUUCAGAAGUCCCUUCAAGUUUACAUGGAAAGGCUAAAACAGAGGAAAACAUAACCAUGAGAAGACUUUAGCAUGGAAACAUAGCUUCAAGCAGCCUAGGUGAAUAAAAAUGAGUUUUUGCUUCCUGGAAAAGCUGUUCUAUCCAUGGUCUUUAGCAUCUGUGAAAAGAAAUAAUUUUUUUUUUUUUUUUUGGAAAAUGUUCUCUCUAAGGAGAUAUCCCUUGUUUUGCAAACAUUUUAUAGUGUUGACUUACCCAUGAUCCUGAAAUCAAACUUACAAUUAUUAAUGUGUUUCUGUACUUUCAAUUGAUUAAAUAGUCAGACUACUUUAUCUAAUUAUACAGUGUACAUUCCUUUGUUUGCUAGUUUUGAUAGCAUUUCUGUAAAGCAAUAGAAUGACUAAAAAUCUAUAUUUUUAUUCAACUCUUGAAAAGCAAAUCCAGUCCAUCCAUUUUUAGGAUUAAUUUUUGUCAGUAUAGUAUCGUAGGAAGCCAUGUCCAAUCCUAGCAGCAUUGGUCGCCAAGUAGCAACUCAUCGUGACAGGGAUGCAAGUCCAUCACGGACAUAAAAUUCCAGUCUUUUUGGUUAUUUAAAUUCAUGUUGACUUCAGUAGGUAAUCUGGUUAAAUCCAGAAAGGGGAAUGAGAAUAGAAGCAGGUCACAAUAUUCUAGAUAGGAUGUGCUGCUUGGCUAAAGCAAACACUUCAGAAUGGUUAGAUAAGGUGCUAUAUAUGAAAAUUAUAGUAUAUUUACAAAUUUACUGGAGUGAAGAUAUCCUUUGAAAAAAUAACCAUUCUGCCUAAUAUUAUAAAUAUUGUAUAUGAAGCUUUCAGUCUAUUGUAUGAUUGAUUGAUAGAUUUUUUUAAUUAGUGACAGGAUAUACAAUACAUAUUCUGCUUUUAGUAUCUAUGUAGAAUCCAGAGCCAAGACUUCAUGAAUAAAAUGUUUUAUAAUUUU